AUGGAGAGAAAGAGUCAUAAUAUCCCUCAGGAGACUCUCUCACCUUCCAGCAGUGCGAGGACUGCAGUGGAAAAUGAUCAUUGUCAAAUGAUCACAGCUAUUCGAAAAGGAGAUGUGGAGAAGGUCAAGCAACUGCUGGAAAAGGGAGCUGAUGUUAAUUUCCAGGUGGAAGGGGGAUGGACGCCGUUGCAUAAUGCUGUACAGAACCGCAGGGAGGACAUUGUAGAUCUUCUGCUUCUUCAUGGUGCUGAGCCUUGUAUGAGAAAGAACAAUGGCGCCACUCCCUUCAUCCUUGCUGGGAUUGUAGGAAAUGUGAAUCUGCUCCAGUGUUUUCUUUCUAAAGGAUCAGAUGUCAAUGAGUGUGAUUAUAAUGGCUUCACAGCUUUCAUGGAAGCUGCUGCUUAUGGUAAAAUAGAAGCCUUAAGAUUCCUGCAUGAGAGAGGUGCAGAAGUGAAUAUGCGUCGAAAGACAAAGGAGGAUCAAAAGAAGCUUGGUAAAGGAGGGGCCACAGCUCUCAUGGAUGCUGCAGAAAAAGGCCAUGUAGAUGCCUUGAUGACCCUCCUUGAUGAGCUAGGGGCAGAUGUUAAUGCCUGUGACAAUAUGGGCAGAAAUGCCUUGAUCCAUGCGCUUCUGAGCUUUCGUGAUGGGAAGGUGAAGGCUAUCACUAGUAAGACCAUCACUCGUCUUCUCCUGGACCAUGGAGCAGAUGUAAAAGUCAGGGGAGAAGGAAGGAAAACACCCUUGAUUCUGGCAGUGGAAAUGAAGGAGCUGAGUUUGGUGAACAUGCUUCUGGAUCAAAAACAUAUAGAAAUUAAUGACACAGACAGCGAAGGCAAGACAGCACUACUAAUUGCUGUCCAAUUGGGACUGGAAGAAAUUGCCCGCUUGCUGUGUGCCCGCGGUGCCAGCGUGGAUUGUGGGGAUCUUGUUAUGACAGCUUUGCGGAAUCACGACAGUUCCCUUGCAGAGUUUCUUCUUAGUCAAGGAGCUAAAGAGUAUUACCCCCUUCCUACUGAUGACUGGGAACCUCAGACUUCACGUUGGAGGGUGGCCAUGAAGAAACUCCACAGAAUAUACCGUCCAAUGAUUGGCAAACUCAAGAUCUUUAUUGUUGAAGAAUAUAAAAUUGCUAACACUUCUGAAGGAGGUGUCUACUUGGGAUUUUACGAGGAACAAGAGGUAGCUGUGAAGCGAUUCCGUGAAAACAGCGACCAGGCACAGAAAGAGCUCAACUGUCUGAAAGACAGCCGAAUGAACAGUCACUUGGUGACCUUUUGUGGGAGCCAGAGCCAAGGGGGCUGUUUGUACGUGUGCCUUGCCCUCUGUGAGCGAACUCUACAGGAGCACUUUGCCAUGCAGAGAGUGAAAGAAGCUGCCGAUAACAAGGAAGACGAGGAAGAUGAGUUUGCCCGGAAUACCCUGCGAUCUAUUUUUAAGGCUCUUGAAGAACUGCACCUGGUGUACACUCACCAGGAUCUGCACCCACAAAACAUCUUACUAGAUUCUAAGAAUGAUGUUCGCCUGGCAGAUUUUGAUAAAAGCAUCAAGCAGACUGGAGAUCCACAGGAAAUUGAGAGAGAUCUACAGGCCCUGGGACGGCUGGUUCUCUAUGUGGUAAAGAAGGGAGGCAUUCCUUUUGAAGAACUGGAGAAUCAAAGUAAUGAAGAGGUAAUCCAGCAUUCUCCAGAUGAAGAAACUAGGGAUCUCAUUCGUCACCUAUUUUGCCCUGGAGAAAACUUGAAGAGUCAAUUGAGUAAACUGCUGGGUCAUCCCUUCUUUUGGAGUUGGAUGAGCCGCUAUAGGACCCUUCGGGAUGUGGGGAAUGAAUCUGACAUCAAAGUGCAAGACACUGAAAGCAGAAUCCUCCAACUGCUACAGCCAAGUACAUCUGAACAUUCUAUGAGUUUUGCUGAGUGGACUACUAAGAUUCAUGAAGUUGUUAUGAGAAAAAUGAAUAGCUUCUAUGAAAAGAAACAAAAGAAGAGGAAAACAAAAAACAAAAGAAAAGGAAGCAAUCCCUAUCAAAAUACUGUGGGUGAUCUACUAAGGUUCAUCCGGAAUCUAGGAGAACAUAUUGAUGAAAAACAGAAUAAGGAUCUAAAGCAGAUCAUUGGAAAUCCUUCCUGGUAUUUACAGAAGACGUUUCCGGAUCUGGUGGUCUAUGUCUAUAGGAAACUACAGGACACAGAAUAUGAAAAGCAUUUUCCCAAUACUCAGAAUCUUCACAAGCCUCAAUGUGAUGGAGGAGGCGAUGGUGAACAGACGAAGGGUCCUGAGUCCUGA